UUCGUCGCUUAGAUGUUUUUGCUCAUCAAAAAAAUAACUCAAGUUGCUAUUUUUUUUCCACCAUCUCACCAAAUUUCAAAAGUUGAAAACUCAGCCGCCAAAUUUAGACGUAACUGAAUAUUCAUUAAACAAAAAAGAAAUUAAAAGGAAAUAAGAGAGAAGAGAAAGGUUAUCUUCUUCUUCAAAUCUCCUAUUAAUAUCUGGUUAAAACGGUGAUUCAGACGUAAUGGGAGGUAGCAGCGGCGGUGGAGUUUCGUACCGGAGCGACGUCGACUCGGACGUGGAAGACUUGGAGGAGGAUUACGAGGUGGAUGAUGAGUUCGGAGAAGAAGGGAUUGUAGAAUCGCGUGGUAACAGAUUCAACCCCCUCACCAAUUUCUUAGGGUUCGAUUUCACCGGCGGUAACGGCGGAAAGUUCACCGUCAUUAACGGAAUCAGAGACAUCUCCACAGGUUCCGUUGUUCAUCCUGAUAACCGAUGCUACAAGGCGUGGACCGUGUUCAUAGUGAUAUGGGCACUUUACUCUUCCUUCUUCACUCCCUUGGAGUUCGGAUUCUUCAGGGGAUUACCAGGGAAUCUGUUCAUCCUCGACAUCCUUGGCCAAAUCGCUUUCUUAGUCGAUAUCGUGCUAACAUUCUUCGUGGCUUACAGAGAUAGCAGAACUUACAGAAUGGUCUAUAGGCGCAGCUCCAUCGCUUUACGCUACUUAAAAUCAACUUUUAUUAUUGAUUUUCUGUCAUGCAUGCCAUGGGAUAUCAUCUACAAGGCUACAGGUGGGAAAGAAGAAGUGAGAUACCUAUUGUUGAUUAGGCUAUAUCGAGUUCGAAGAGUCAUCCUCUUUUUCCACAAGAUGGAGAAAGACAUAAGAAUCAAUUACCUUUUCACGAGAAUCGUCAAGCUCAUAUUCGUCGAGCUCUACUGCACUCACACCGCUGCUUGUAUCUUCUAUUACUUGGCCACCACGCUUCCCGCUUCUCAAGAAGGGUACACUUGGAUCGGUAGCUUGAAGCUGGGAGACUACAGUUACGCUAAGUUCAGAGAGAUAGAUCUCUGGACCCGUUACACCACUUCCAUGUACUUCGCUGUUGUCACUAUGGCAACUGUUGGUUAUGGAGAUAUACACGCGGUUAAUAUGCGGGAAAUGAUAUUCGCGAUGGCCUACAUUUCAUUCGACAUGAUUCUAGGCGCCUACUUGAUCGGUAACAUGACAGCUUUGAUAGUAAAAGGCUCAAAAACAGAGAGAUUCAGGGACAAGAUGGCGGAUAUUAUGAGGUAUAUGAACCGAAACAAACUCGGUAGAAACAUCCGUGGUCAGAUCACUGGACAUUUGAGGCUGCAGUACGAAAGUAGCUACACCGAAGCAGCUGUUCUUCAAGACAUACCUGUCUCUAUCCGCGCUAAGAUUGCACAAACUCUAUACUUGCCGUAUAUUGAGAAGGUUCCUCUCUUCCGUGGUUGCUCAUCUGAAUUCAUUAACCAGAUUGUUAUAAGACUUCAUGAGGAGUUUUUCCUUCCUGGAGAAGUAAUAAUGGAGCAAGGAAGCGUUGUUGAUCAACUCUACUUCGUUUGUCAUGGUGUAUUGGAGGAGAUAGGCACAGCUAAGGAUGGAUCUGAAGAGAUAGUAUCACUACUUCAACCAGAUAACUCCUUUGGAGAGAUUUCAAUCCUCUGCAACAUUCCUCAGCCUUACACAGUUCGUGUUUCCGAGCUGUGUCGGAUUCUAAGGCUAGACAAGCAAUCUUUCAUGAACAUCCUCGAGAUAUAUUUCCACGAUGGACGGAGGAUACUCAACAAUCUGCUCGAAGGGAAAGAAUCUAACGGCCGGAUUAAGCAGCUGGAAUCAGAUAUAACCUUUCAUAUCAGUAAACAAGAGGCAGAGCUGGCUUUGAAGCUGAACAGCGCUGCUUUCUACGGUGAUCUUUACCAGCUUAAGAGCUUGAUUCGAGCUGGAGCUGACCCUAACAAGACAGAUUAUGAUGGAAGAUCGCCUUUGCAUCUUGCAGCCUCUAGAGGAUACGAAGACAUUACACUGUAUCUUAUUCAAGAAUCGGUAGAUGUAAACAUCAAAGACAAACUGGGGAACACGCCGUUACUAGAAGCGAUCAAGAACGGGAACGACCGUGUCGCGGCGUUGCUUGUGAAAGAAGGUGCAACGCUGAGCAUAGAGAACGCAGGGACUUUCCUUUGCACGGUGGUUGCUAAAGGAGACAGCGAUUUCUUGAAACGGCUUCUAAGCAACGGCAUUGAUCCGAACUCUAAAGAUUAUGAUCAGAGGACGCCUCUUCACGUUGCUGCUUCUGAAGGAUUGUAUCUCUUGGCAAAGCAGUUGGUAGAAGCUGGUGCUAAUGUUCUUAAAAAAGACAGGUGGGGAAACACUCCUUUAGAUGAAGCCCUAGUUUGUGGAAACAAGAUGUUGAUAAAACUAAUCGAAGACGCUAAGGUUUCUCAGAUGUCUUCGUUUCUGAGUAGCUCCAAAGAGCACAAAGAUAAAGUCUAUAAGAAGAAAUGCACAGUGUAUUCUUCACAUCCGAAUGAAUCUAAAGAGAAAAGAAGACGAGGGAUUGUACUGUGGGUGCCUCGAAGCAUCGAGGAGCUUGUGAAAACAGCAGCGGAACAGCUGAAUAAGCUCCAGAAGAAGUUCACAUCCUUCGUCCUCGAAGUCGACAAGGAAGAGGACAAUUACAGCGAGUGCGGCCGCCUCGCGAAGGCCUUCCUGCAGGAGCUCGCCACAUUCGAGAUCCCGCUGCUCAAGAGCCAGGCGGUGGUGGAGGCCAACCUGAGGGAGAAGGAGAGCUUCGAGGAGGUGAAGGAGGAGACGGAGAGGCAGAUCACGCAGGCGAGAGGUGAGAUCGAGGAGCUGAAGAAGCAGCUCGAGGAGAGCAAGGUCGAGAGGCAGCAUAAGGAGGAGUGCGAGACGAUUAGGAAGCUGAUCUACGCGCAGCCGCCGAGGUCGGAGACUGAGAAGGUGAUUUGUGAGUUGAAGAGGGAGAUUGCUGAGCUUGAAGCUGAGAGCACUGCCAGCUGGAGGUUGCUUGAGCUGAGGAAGAAGCAGUUUGCUCUCUUGUUGCAUGUGGUGGAUGAGUUGCAGAACACAAUGGAAGAUGAGCAGAAGAGUCUAGUUGAUGAGAUUCGGACAGCCGUCGAAGAUCAGAGGAACAUAGCCGAGCCAAUGUCUGUCGAUUAACUCUUGGAUAUUUUGUAAGAAGUCUGCUCUUUGUCAGAUGUAGUGUUUGGUGCGGUUUCUAUUUUUGUUGUCGAGAAUUUUUCUUUAAAGUGUGACUGCACGUUUCAUCUUUUCUGCAAAAUCAUUAUCCACAAGUAAAACUUUAGUGUUAAAUUUUGGAAAAAGAUUAAUUAUUAAUAAGAAAGAAUAAUGCGACGACUA